AUGUUGUGUUCACUUUGUUCCAAGGGUGAUGAUUGCUUUGGCAUGCACACACCUGUAGCUUUCACAAUUUCCAUGUGUCCCAACAUGAACCCCACCUUGAUCGCAAUAGUCACUUACAAGGGUAACCUUGAGUGGUGCAAGAUGGGAGACACUACAUGGAAAGGUUACCACACAAGUGAUAAGGUCUACUCCAAUGUGGCUUUUCAUGAUAACAAGCUUUAUGCUGUGGAACGAGGUGGUUUGAAAGUGAACAUGUUCAAGUAUGAUGAGGGAGUGCUUGUUCAGGUUGGUAGUGUGGGAUCCACAAACCCAAUUGAACAUAUUCCUAAUCUAUCAAGAACCAUUAGGUCCUAUUGCAUGACCAUUUACUUGGUGGAGUGUGGAGGAAAUGUUUUUGUUGUGAAGAGAUUCUCUGAUGACACCAAAUUUCACACACCUACUAUAGAUUUUGUUAUUUUUGCGGUGAAAGAAAACUGCACCAUGCCUCAAUUGGUGAAGGUGGAAAAUUUGGAUGAUCAUAUUUUGUUUGUGUCUAACAUCAACAUCGAAUGUCUUGACGCGAAGUAUUGUCCAAAGUUUCAGCGUGGCAGCGUGUAUUUCACUGACUACUCUGAAAACUCCUUCAUUACUGGAGUGGGAGUGUUUUCUAUUUCAGAUAGAACUAUACAUAAGAUUCCUCUCACUAACCCCCAGAUGCACUCUGCAUCUCCUAUUUGGAUGAUGCCCAGGUUCUCAUUUGAAUGUGAUUGUAAAGUGUGCACCUCUGCACCGUGGUUUAGGCCCAGGCAAUUGAGGAAAAGACCUAAGAUGCGUAAAACCAGUGUAGCAUGA